AUCACGGUAACUCACUGACCGGGGAACAGAUUUCAGAGACGGUGACAGCUGUCCAGAAAUGUCUUAUCGAUCGCUGAAAGAACUGACACUGAUCUGAGAACAGCUAAGCAAACACGAGCUUGGGAGGAGGACGCGCAGCGGAGAAGACCCAACAUGAAGGACAAAUCUGCUGUGGAGCAGCAAUGGUGCUGUCUCACCUCCAUCUACACCUCCUUCUUCUUUCCCUUUCUCCCCUCCCCCUCUCAUCAAUGCCUGGGAACUUCAGCCAUGGAAGUUCCCCUGCUGUGGCUGCAGCAGGCCCCAUCCUGAAGGGCCGGCCCUUUGUGGUGGUGUGGAACAUGCCCACGGCGCGCUGUCAGAAACGCUACAACGUCCACCUGAACCUGGGAGACUUUGACAUUGUGGAGAACGGACACCAGAGAUUCCAGGGACAGAAAAUGACCAUCUUUUACCGUGACCGGCUGGGGGAAUAUCCGUACCUGUCCCGAGACGGCAGGGAGGUGAACGGAGGAGUACCGCAGCAGGGCGACCUCGCCACCCAUCUUUCCCUUACGCUGGCGCAGAUCAAUGGCUUGCUGCAGCCAAACUUUGCGGGUUUGGCUGUUAUCGACUGGGAGGAGUGGCGCCCACUGUGGGAGAGAAAUUUUGGUUCCAAGAUGCAGUAUCGGAGGCUGUCCAAGCAGCUGGUGAGACAGGAGAGACCGGAUCUGCCUGAAAGGGCCGUGACAUCACUGGCGAGGCGAAAGUUUGAAGAGAGCGCUCAGAUGUUCAUGGAGGAGACAUUGCGGUCGGCGGUCAGAGGUCAUCCCAAGGGAUUGUGGGGGUUUUAUGGUUUUCCUGCCUGCUUUAAUAAGCACAAGAUAAAGACAGAUAAGAGCUACACAGGACGCUGUCACAGAGGGACGAGGCAGCGGAAUGAGCGUCUGUCGUGGCUCUGGAGUCAGUCCACGGCUCUCUAUCCCAGCAUCUACCUGCCAGAGCGGCUCGCAGGGUCACAUGAUGCAGCUCUCAUGGUCAGACACAGACUUCUGGAGGCUUUGAGGGUGGCAGCCCAGUGGCGCCACGGCAGCAUCAGCCACGCCACACCAGUUCUUCCCUAUGCCAGACUAGCAUUCACACACACUCUCAGCUUUCUCAAUGAGACAGACCUGGUGCAUACACUUGGGGAGAGUGCGUCGCUGGGAGCUGCUGGAGUGGUGCUGUGGGGAGAGACGAAAUUUGCCAAAUCCAAGGACCAGUGCAUCUUUCUCAGAGACUACAUCCACGGCGUCUUGGGUCCGUUUGUACGAUCACUGAGGUCCGACACCCACCGCUGCAGCCUUCAGCUUUGUCACGGCAACGGGCGCUGCACCAGGCGACGGCCACACUCUGGUCACAUGGUUUCUUGGGGUCAAGCUGUGCUCUCAGACCCUCAUGACUCCUCCAGGGUCAAAGUUUUUCAUCGCCACUUCCUGUGUCAGUGUUACCCAGGCUGGACAGGGCCGGAGUGUGGAGAGAUGAUGACAGGAUGACAGCAGACGAAAGAACGGACCGAAGUAACACAAACUUUUCGGUCCUUGGUUUCUAAUUGGAAUAUAAAAUAAAUAAAUACUUUGUGAAUUUGGUUUUAUUUGGGUUUUUUUUUUAAAACAA